CACACAUUCCACAUGAACCAAUGGUCAUUUCGUACUAGUUCGCUAUGCACACACCACCGUGAAUCGUUCGCAGCCAUGGGCACGCAGCCCACCACCAGGACGGCAGACAGGGAGGAGGGAGGCACCAACACACCUGCACACCUGCAAAAGAGUACACACGGCACAUAGGGAAAUGAGUGGAUGGAUGGACGGAUGGAUAGAGAGGGCGUGACAACCAGCAGCCCACCUGGGCGGCAGAGAGAGAGGAGGGAGGCACCAACACACCUAUACAACAGCACACACAGCACACGCGACACAUAGGGUGGAUGGAUGGAUGGAGAGGGCGUGACAACCAGCAGCCCACCUGAGCGGAAGAGAGAGAGGAGGGACGCACCAACACACCUGCACAACAGCACACACAGCACACGCGACACAUAGGGUGGAUGGAUGGAUGGGAAGUAGUCUGGCGUCGAAUGAGUCGGCAGGGCCUCGCCAAGCCUCCUGAAGAUGAAUGUGCCCAAGGAGUUUGCUACGCCCCCUACACUGCGUACAGAAACCGUUGUGUUGCGAGCUUGCGGAACGCAAACCGGAAGAUUGGCGAGGAAUCGCCCACGGCAUACAUGCCGCCAGCAAUGAGCAUCAAAAAAGGCGUCGACCUACAAGGGGAACAAGACGCUUCAUUUGACAUUGCAGAGAUAUCGCAAGAACACUGCCCGGAAUUGGCCCGGAAUUCAACCAAUGGGAGCGUGCAGAAAGCCUGGCUGCC